AUGACGAGAUCGAAAUCACUUCCGAUUAAGUCUCCGCGCAACUCUCUCGAUCCUUAUCCAUCUCCCGCACCACUUCCGGAGGAGGAAGCUAAUCAAAGAGCUGGUGGCUCUGGAGUUAGCAACAAACGCUAUGGUCCACAGAGUGAUACUGAUGUUGAGGUUGUUACAGAUACUUUUGAGGGAAGGAAUAUGCAACGCAAGAAGCGUCACUGUCUUGGGACAAGUGAGACUGAUAGAGAAGGAUCUCAGCCGUUGGAGUUAGAGGCUUGCAUUGUAUGUGAUAUUUCAGAUGAAUUGGUGUCUAGGUGUUCUGGGAGUGAGUGUCUUCUUUGGUUUCAUGGGGAGUGUUUGGAUGCUGAGUUUGGUAGUAGUGGUGGUGAGGAUCCUGAAAAUUUGUACUGUCCUUAUUGCUUGUUUAAGAUUCUAGCAGUGAGAUCUAUACGGUUGAAAGAGAAGGCUGUUGAAGCGGAGAUGGCGGUGUUUAAGUAUCUAGACAAAGAGAUGGGAAACAAGGGAGAGGUGGAGGAGAGUGUUUUAAAAGGUCAAGAGGAUGCAAUGGACACCACAGACAUUGUAAGUGGUCAAGAGUUAGAAGGAGAGAAGGGUGCGUGUUCAUCAAAAGUGGAACGAGUGCAACUUGGUGAGAAGGAUUUUGAUGAAUCAAGAGGUGAGAACAUGGAAUUGGUUGAGGAAAACAAUCAAUCAGAAGCGGAUAAAGAGAAGCAUACUGAUAAACCAGAUGGUAAAGUGAUAGAGGAGGUUGAAGAUUCAAAUGACGAAGAGAGGGCGGCAGCAGCUACAGAAAAUUUUCAAGACGCUGAGGAUUACAAAACGGCUGAAGAUAAAACUAAAGCUAAUACAGGUGGAGAGAAAUGGGGAGAUGCUUCACUGUUUUUGUCUAUGCAAGAAACGUUCUCAGUAAAAGAACACGAUCUGGUCCAACAGAACGAGAAGCGGAGAAGAAAAAGACGGUUAAUAUUGAAUGCUUUUGAUAGUGAUGUCUCAUCAAAUGGAUCAACUAACGAACCAAAUGGAGAAGAUGCAGCUGAGAAAGUGACUUCAUUGGCUUUAGAAGUAACCUCCCCGUCAGGGAAGAUGAAGAAUCAGCAGAGAGAACAUAGCAGAACAACCAAAGUGGAUAACUCAAAAACAGCGAGGUUGGACAUUUCGAUAUUUCAGAAUCAGAAAAGGAGGCUAUUGUGGACGCCUGAAGAAGAAUACAUGCUGAAGGUGGGAGUGGAGAAAUUUGCAGCAGAAUCAAAGAGGAACAUGCCAUGGAGGAAAAUUCUGGAAAUGGGACAGAAGGUGUUCCAUGAAACACGUGCUCCAGCUGAUCUCAAGGACAAAUGGAGGAACAUGAUUGGUGCAAGAUUAGGGAAAAAGAACAAACAAGACAGCACACAAAUCUCUGGUAUGUAAUCGAUAAUUGGUGACUCAGUUAGGAGAUGAUGAAUGAAGGCUUAGUGAAGAAGAAAUGAGAUUUGAGCUGUAUAUAGACAAAAACAAGAUAUGGUUUCUACUUUAAGACCUCCUAGUCCUUUGUUCUUGAAUGCUAUUAGUUAAGAAAGUUAAAUUUAG